UUUGUUCUUGACUUCCAUAAACAAACAAAUAGUCCUUCCCUUUUCUCCCUUUCAAGAAAAAAACUCCUCACACUCACAGUCUACAAAGAGAAUACAGAAGAGAGAGGCAGAGCAGCAGCGGGCAUGGAUACGGGAGGAGGAGUCGGGGUCGGAGCCGGCGCCGGAGCAAACUACAAUCCCCGGACGGUGGAGGAAGUCUUCAGGGAUUUCAAAGGCCGGCGAGCUGGUUUGAUUAAAGCGCUCACUAAUGAUGUUGAAGACUUCUAUCAUCAGUGCGAUCCUGAGAAGGAAAACCUGUGCUUGUAUGGGUUUCCAAGUGAACAAUGGGAAGUUAAUUUGCCAGCUGAAGAAGUGCCGCCUGAGCUUCCAGAACCUGCCUUGGGUAUUAACUUUGCAAGGGAUGGCAUGCAAGAAAAAGACUGGCUAUCUUUAGUUGCUGUGCACAGCGAUGCAUGGUUGCUUUCUGUUGCAUUCUAUUUUGGAGCCAGAUUUGGAUUUGAUAAAGCUGACAGUGUGAAAUACUGCAGGAAGAGGCUCUUCAAUAUGAUAAAUGAAUUUCCAACAAUAUUCGAGAUCGUAUCUGGUGCAGUCAAGAAACAAUCCAAGGAGAAGUCAUCUGUCUCAAACCACAGCAGCAACAAAUCGAAGUCGAACUCCAAAGGGCGGGACUCCCAAGUGAAGUACUCAAGAAUGGCACAGCCCAAGGAUGACGAUGAAGGCUUGGAUGACGACGAAGAAGACGAGGAGGAGCAUGGAGACACGCUGUGCGGUGCCUGCGGAGAGAACUACGCAUCUGACGAAUUCUGGAUCUGUUGUGACAUCUGCGAGAAGUGGUUCCAUGGCAAGUGUGUGAAGAUCACACCAGCGAGGGCCGAGCACAUUAAGCAAUACAAGUGCCCCUCAUGCAGCAACAAAAGAGCUCGCCCUUGAUCGAUUCCCUCCCCUCUUCCGCUUCAAACCUCCCCCAUCAGCUCAACUUCAUAUCUAACAGGUCCCUUGUCGAAAAAUUUAGUCUCCCCUCAGUCAAGUGUAAUAUUAGUUGUAAGUUCGGUUAGAGUGGGGUGUCUAGUCAGUCAUGUAGAAGAAAGACAACCUUAAGUUUGAGUGAGUCCCCAAGUCUUAUUAGGUUUAAUUAAGCCCUUGGUUUGAGACACGUGAAAUACCGCCUUCUCCUGUCUGCAUAGGAGAAGAAUCUGUGUAAUCAUCAUUGUUCGAACUUAUAAGUCUCCUCGUUUGGGCCAAAUUUCCAGCUACCUUCUCAUGGAUUUGUCUAUCAGCUUGCAGAUGGAAGAACUUUAACCGAAGGUCGGAUAUCUAAUUUCCUCUUCCGAAAAGACUUUCUGUGGCUGUUUUCUAGGAUAAUGUUCUUUCUACAGGUACCAAGUAUUUGGGUUAUGGAAUGAGAGAAUCAAUCAUUCCAUUCUUGGGAGGAAGCUAUGUACUGUAUGCCCACAGCUUGUAGCCUCUCAUUUUUGGACUGAUUACUUACUACUAUUUGUGCACUUCUUCCUCUCCUUAUUGGUAGAGAACAUUUGUAUGCAAAUCCCACUUCUUUCUGCUGAAUUUCAUGGGGU